UUUAGGCUUCCUUUCACAUGCGAAGGGAAUUGGGUGAGGCCUCUUCUUCUGAAAGUAGGGAAGAUGUCUAUUAUACGCGAAUAUCGCAUACCACUGCCUAUAACAGUUGACGAGUACCACAUUGCACAGCUGUACUCUGUUGCAGAAGCCAGUAAAAAUGAAACUGGCGGUGGUGACGGGGUGGAAGUCGUCAAGAAUGAGCCGUACACAGAUGAUCCAGAGCAUGGUGGGUCAGGGCAGUACACUUAUAAGUUGAUGCAUCUAGAGAAUAAAGUCCCAGGUUGGUUAAAAAAAGUCGCCCCGAAGGGUGCUCUGACAUUGGAGGAGGAGGCGUGGAACGCUUUUCCCUAUUGCAAAACUGUUUACACAAAUAAAGGCUACAUGAAAGAGAACUUCAGAAUCGAAAUUAUUUCGUGGCACAAGGAAGAAAGAGUCUCAAAGACCGACAAUUCAAACAAACAUCACACUUUGACUGAAAGCGAAUUAGCAAAGAGAACUGUAGAUUUCAUUGAUAUUGUAAAUGAUCCGGUAUCUUCGACUGAUUACAAAGUGGAAGAGGACCCAACAAAAUUCAAGUCAACAAAGACAGGGAGAGGUCCUUUGAGUGGAGCUGAUUGGUAUUCAAGCUGUGAACCCUACAUGUGCUGUUAUAAGCUAUACAAAGUAGAAUUUAAGUGGAGAUUAAUCCAGUCAGCAGUCCAGUCUCUUAUACUGAAAGCUGUAAGGCGACUGCUCCUAAAUUUUCAUAGACAAGUCUUUUGCUGGCUCGACAAAUGGCAUGGAUUAUCAAUUGAAGAUAUCAGAGCUAUUGAAGAGAAGACAAAACAUGAAUUAGAUCAUCAAAGAGCACAUGGGGAACAAAGGGGGAUGAAUGAACGCAACUAAAUUAUCAUCAAAGACAUGAACAUUAAUAAACAUUUGGUUAUCCAGGCACUUUCAUUUAUAAUUGAAUUAGUAAAGCAUUAAUUUUAUGCCCUGAGGUGACAGCAUAUGAUUAGAUAUAAUAGAAUUUAAUUGUUGUGUCAGUUUGGAAGUGUGUUUGCAAUAUUAGGCAACAGUCCAUAAGAUUGUUGCUUUGAUUGGUCUUCUUAUAAAAUAGCAUUGUCUUCA